AUGCGCUGGAACGAGGACAGAAUGAAGGACUCUGUUCAAGCACCCACUUCCAUGCGCACCUACGGCAGUGUUCUGCAGGAGGCCGUGGAUCGGCUCAGCCAAGCCGUUCUGGGAAAACGUUGGGAUGAGCAGUACCGCAGUCCUGGAGUCUACACAGGUGAAUUGUUGGCCAUGGAGUACCUGUACAGCCAGACUGGCAUAUCACUUACUCCAACGCUCCACAACCAAGAGGAGGAGGACCAGCUGGUGGAGGACAUUGAUGACGAGGACAUUGAGGACGAAGGCUUUGAGGAGGAGACAGAGGACAUCACAGUUCCUGUGCUGACUGACGAUGACCAUGACAUUGAAAGGAGGCCCUCAACCACAAGGCGUCGGGCACUUUCACCACCACCUCUACCAGAACUGCCGUCCACGUCCACGGGUGGAGGUCAGCGUCCAGUUGCUGCUGCCGCCGUUCCGUCCACGUCGGGUCAAGGACUGCACCCUGCUGCUACUGCUGCCCCCACCACUUCAGGGGCUCAGGGCGUCGUCGUUGGACCGGAUGGCAUUCCUGGGUGGGACAAAGUGCAAGAGCUGGCUGCUUACCUGGUGGACCUGCGAGAUGCCGCCUACCUCACUGAGCCACAGGUGACCGAGGUCAUCCAGCUGUGGGUGGCACUCCCAGACAGCGACAAGGAGAGGAUCGACUACCAGCCACGUCACCAGGAGCGGCUGUCGUCUGGUCGAUUCAAGGCACCGAAGCGGUCUGGAGUCACACCGGGUGUGGAGAGCGUCAAGCGCAGCUUGAUAGGUCACCCUGGGGGGCCGGCUCAGUGGCCUGGUACCAGCCGCUUGGUAGACGCCAUGUGCACACGCUUGUGCACUUUGCACAAGUGCACUACCAGGAAGGCCGGUGUUUCCACUCCCAGGUGGACCAGAAUUCUGGAUGAUUACCACCACAUCCGUGACUUGAUCAUCGCCAGCCCACGGUUGAUGGCAGAUACAACAAUUCAGUUGUUUCAAAUCAACCAGCGGACACUUAUUCAGUGGUAG